AAACACUUCCACAAGACAUCUUUGCUCAUCAAAGCCUUUAAUCAUAAGUUCCAAUUGGAACUGGAGCUCAAUACACAUCUUUUAGCGCCAAAUCUAAUUCAGAAGCAUUUUCUGCCCGAAGGGGCGCAGCAAAUAUCAACUCAGGAAAUAGAGCACUGUUACUAUCACGGAACCAUACGAGACUAUCCCGGCGCUGUCGGCGCAUUCAGGACCUGCAAUGGAGUCAGUGGUGUUAUACACGUGGGCAACGAGACCUUUGUGAUGCACCCUUUCUAUGGGGGCGACCUAUCCCAGAGAAGGCAUCCGCACGUCAUAUAUCGCUACUUCUCGGAGACUAAGACCAAACAUACGUGCGGUAACACCAGAAUGCAUGAGUGGGGGUUCAAACAGUACCGUAAGAGACCCCCGACCACCACUUCCACAGCGGGCGCCAAAGUGGGCAAACGUGACGUACGCGCCGUCGAUAAGUACGUGGAGUUAGCGCUAAUCCUUGACCAGCAAAUGUUUGAUUCCCGCAAUAUAUCGCGGACUGAAGUGGUCAACGAUGCCAUACAAAUCAUCAACUGCGUCGACGUCUACUUCCGACUCAUCAAUACCCGGGUGUCUGUCGUAUACGUCGAGACCUGGGCUCACGGCAACCAAAUCGGGGUCACUGAUGACGUCAGACAAACCUUGCUCAAUUUCAUGGAAUAUGCAUCCAAAAAGCUAUAUAAAGUGGCCAUGGAUGCCACACAUCUACUACUGGGAAAGCCAUUUCGCGGUGGAGAGGUCGGUAUGGCCGUUCCUGAUAGCAUCUGCACUGCCAAAGCUGUAGGCGUUAGCCAAGACUCGAACAUCUAUGAGCCCCACUUAGUUGCCAGUACUGUCACCCAUAUGUUGGGCCAUAACAUAGGGAUGGGUCACGACGAGGACUCCAAGGAUGACAACAACAACUGCAAGUGCAACGACUGGUGGGGUUGUAUUAUGGCUAAGAAUAUAUUAGGCGAAGACCGGAUCCAACCCUUUCACUUCUCUCAGUGCAGUUUAGAGGACUAUAAUAAUGCCCUACAGAUCGGACACGGCAUCUGUCUCUUCAACAAACCCAACCAAUUAGAGGACUUCCGUUCGUGUGGUAAUGGAGUGAUAGAGGAAGAGGAGGAAUGCGAUUGCGGCAGCUUUCAGGAGUGCAUGGAAAAGGAUCCCUGUUGUGACCCAAUCACCUGCAAACUCAGACAGGAGGCCGAGUGCUCUACCGGUCCCUGUUGUGUCAACUGCAAGCUGAAGCCAUUGGGUCACGUCUGUAGGAUUUCCAACGAUGAACAGGAGGCCGAGUGCUCUACCGGUCCCUGUUGUGUCAACUGCAAGCUGAAGCCAUUGGGUCACGUCUGUAGGAUUUCCAACGAUGAGUGCGAUUUGCCUGAAGUAUGCGAUGGCAAGAGUGGUCAAUGCCCGUCGGAUAUAUUCAAGAAAAACGGAAACAUUUGUAAAGAUGGGAAGGGAUUCUGUUUUCACGGCGAGUGCCCGACACUCGAUAACCAGUGUUCCGUCAUAUGGGGGAAGGGGUCGCGUGCCUCAGAGCUUAUAUGUUUCCAGCAGUACAAUGGCCAGGGUACUAUUCUGGGCAACUGUGGCCGUGACGGCAACGGACAUAUACUUAAGUGCACUCAAGAUGUCAGUUCGGCAAUCAUAUGGGGGAAGGGGUCGCGUGCCUCAGAGCUUAUAUGUUUCCAGCAGUACAAUGGCCAGGGUACUAUUCUGGGCAACUGUGGCCGUGACGGCAACGGACAUAUACUUAAGUGCACUCAAGAAAACUUGAUGUGCGGUUCACUCCAGUGUCAGUUCGGCAAUCAGUCGCCCUUUUCCAAGGGUAUGGAGAAGGAGUACUCACGGACUAUGGUCUACAACAGUGGUGUGGAGUACGAGUGCAAAGUAGCCAAAGGGACCAUUCGCUCAGACAUCGCCGAUAUGGGACUCAUUCAAGACGGCACUAAGUGUUCAGAGAAUAAAAUAUGUGUGAAUCAAACGUGUAUUAGUAUAGACUUAUACAUAGAGCCGGGUGACUGUACGACCAAUAAUGUUGCGCUCACGUGCUCUGGACAUGGAGUCUGUUCUAACGUCAAUUCUUGCGCCUGUGAUAAUGGAUGGACGGGUAGUGACUGCAGCGAGAAGACCACUUACGUCAUCACCACCACUGAGCCCAUAGUCGACACCCAAACCCUUACAACUAAGGCACCACAACCGACACCAGACAAGAAUAUAUCGCAACUCAUCGCAGAGACCACAUUAAUCAAAGAAUAUGGUAAUGAGCCCAUAGUCGACACCCAAACCCUUACAACUAAGGCACCACAACCGACACCAGACAAGAAUAUAUCGCAACUCAUCGCAGAGACCACAUUAAUCAAAGAAUAUGAUAACAAAAAAAAGUCUUUAAGUGCCGCUUAUUUGGUUAUGAUUUUAGUGUCGAUUGUCGGCGGAGUUUUCAUAUUUUUUGCACUGUUAGCCAUGUGCUACAGGCGCCGAAGUCUAAUGCCAGGAAAGUCAGAGAGACAACAAUUAAAAAAACAGUUAAAUAGAAAGCUUUCCGGUGCUACCAAUGAAAACGAUCCGUUCAAUGAAAACGUGUCCAGAAUAAUAACGUUUGGAAGUAUGCCGUCGUAUAGAGAGGAUAAGAUGCAAGAAAUGAAGAGACAUAAGGAUGGCCUCAGGAAUGACUCCCAAAACGAUAUGGAGACUCACAAUAGGCUCAUCAACGAGACCUCCCAGUUCAUCGAGUUAUCGCCAAACAAUUUGUCGAAAAUGUCUCAUCACAUGACUGGUCCUGAAAAGGGUAUACUAAAGCAGGCGUACGGUAUGGCCGGUAUGGCCGGUAUGAGCUCUGCCGCCCAGUCCGACCCCAAUCACAUGAAGGAGCGAUGGAGUGAUUUGAGUCAAUCUGAUAACCAGGAAAGCCAUUCAGACAACAACCGCAACAGCGAUGGGUUCAGUGAUAUGGAUCGCCUCAAAGGACUCAAUGGAUAUCACGACGAGAUUCUGGAAGCGCUUCAGUCAUCGAGUCGUGCACUGGAUUUGGGUCGACCGAGUCCUUCAUCAGAUGCCGCCAAGAAGUUCUUGGAUUCCAUCCCAGAAUAUGGAGGUUUGGGUCAUUUGAAAGGCGACUCUCAAGUGAGCGGUUCUGAUGAAGACUCUGUGCCUCCUUGUGGUCCGAUUCGGAUCAGGAAUUUAGAAGACCUGUUGAGACAAUUAGAGAAACAGAAUCUUCAGUCAACAGGUCUGUCGCCAUCGGGUUCAGAGGACAUACGUCUUAGUGAACCGGAGUCUGACAGACAUUUGUAUAGCAGUGGUGCUGGAAGUCGGGGUCAUUUGCCAUCUGCCCACACAUACCAUCCCUCGGCCCUAAGUGCACUGGAAUCACAUUUAGUGGAACAGGAUUUAGCGUAUUUGUUGGGCCAUCACCGCCAAUCAGAUCUUCACUCUAUGGGAAUUCCUCCGCCGCCACCACCUCCUCAACAAUCAUCGACUUCGAGGAGUUCCAUCCCAAUUGGACCCAACAGUCUGUGUGCGUACACACAGAAGAUCCUGGAGCUACAGCCGCCAUCGCCAUCGACCACCACAUCGACCACAACCUCAACAGUUCACGACCACAACCGGGAAGACGACGAAAACGGGAGUGUUUUGGAGUCACUCAGCGGUGACGCAACCUUUUAUGGUACGGGUGUUUGUCAACCAAUGCUGAGGAGUGCCAGUGAAGAGGCCCUUCCCUGCUUCCGACACAUUGUGCAGAGCAGGCAAUCCCUUCCGGAAGAACUGCUUCCCCAACAGUUGCCGCAACAACUGCCGCCCCAUCAGAUCCAAUACCUGCGCCGUCUCUACCAACAGAUGCAAAGCCAAGCACUGCCUCCACAGCUGCAGACGGCCAACAACUACUGUACUCUUCCGCGCCAUUGGAUCGAAAGAACCAAAGAGUCCAAAGACAACAAACACCACAAGGACACCACCCCUUCCCCCACCACUCCAACCACACCAACCACUCCAACCACUCCCACGCAAUCCAAACACAAAGACCACAAGAAGGCUAAGAAGAAGAGCAAGAAAAAGUAUCCGGAAUAUAAAGUGUGA